AUGGCAAUUGCAACAACAGCCCUAACCUUCGUCCACCUCUGGGCAGAAGGCCUGCUCAUUCUCCUAUCGAGUGUAAUUGUGCUACGAUGCAUCUACCGUCUGUACUUUCACUCUCUGUCCAGAAUUCCAGGACCCAAGAUAGCGGCAUGCACUUCACUCUGGCUGGCCUACCACACCUACAUCGGAGAUGAAAGCAGCGUCAUCUUCGACCUACACAAGAAAUACGGCCCAGCUCUCCGCAUCGCACCUAACGACGUGGACUUUGACGACGGCGACGCUGUAGAGCCCAUCUACGUUGCCGGAGGUGGCUUCCCCAAGACACCACAGUACUCCAAAUUCGACAUUGACGGCCACACAACCAUCUUCUCAACAUUGACUUUACCAGAACGUGCACAGCGUGCAAAAGCCGUGGCACCACUAUUCUCAACAGCGUCAAUUCGCAAUGCCAGUGGCACUCUUGACAAGGUCGUGGAUGACUUUGUUAGUCGAGUACGUACCGAGAGUAAGACUGGCAAGCCCGUGAAUGUACUCAAUGCCGCAAGGGGGAUGGCAAUUGAUGCUAUUAGUGCGUACCUUUUCCAGCAGCAAUAUGGAGCAGUGACGGAGCAGACGUCGACAAUGUCCGCGUCGCCUUUUGUAGAUGCCUACGUCGGUGUGGGUGCCUUCUUCAACUUGCUCCCUGGUAAGAUUGGCGAUCUUGUCCAGAGUAUGGCCGACUACUGGUGUGCGGAUGCAAAGACAAACGCCGCUUUUAGGCUUAUCAAUAGCUUUACACAGAAUCUGGUAAAUACCUCUGUGCCCAAGAGUGGGAGCUAUCAGAGUCGGUUGUUGGAACAGGUGUCCCCUGAACAGUCACGCAUUGAGCUGAAGGAUGCCUGUUUUGCGGGUACGGAUUCGACAAGUACAAAUACCGCUAGCAUUAUGUGGUUUUUGGCAAAAUACCCUGAUGUUUACGACCGUCUAUGCGAGGAAGUCCAGCGAAGGACCUCUCAAAAUGAAGACCCAAGCACAGGAUCCUAUCUACGCGGCGUAGUUCGUGAAGGCCUCCGACUCUCCUGGGCAAAUCCCACUCGCCUACCCCGUCAAGUGCCCAAGGGCGGCUGGCACUUCAAAGGCCACUUCUACCCUGAAGGAACCAGCGUCGGCGUCGCAGCUACCCAACUCCACAAGGACGAAACAGUAUUCCCUGAAUCAGACAAAUUCAGACCAGAACGAUGGGAAAAUCCCACCGAGGCUAUGCUGACUCAUUUCUUUGCUUUUGGAAAGGGUACCAGGACGUGUAUAGCCAAAAAUCUGGCUACGGCUGAGCUUACUUUGGCAACGUUGAAGAUGGCUCAAACGGAUAUGCUCCGUGGUGCCGAGAUUGUCACAGAGCGUAUUGAGAUGACGGAGUGGUUUAAUUCGAGAAUCAAGGGGGAGGAAAUUUUGAUAAAGUUGAAGAAUUGA